AUGGCGUCCCACGAAUACAACCGUCAUCCGCUGCCAGCUCCGCCGUCACAGAGCCAGCAAGAUCAGCAGCAGUACUCCUAUUCGACUUCCUACAACAAUCAGUCCUCGCUGCCUCAACAACCGACGACUCAGCAACAGUACCAGUCACGACAACAGCAGCAGCAGCAGCAGCAGCAGCUUUCAAACGCCCAGUCAAGGCAAACAGCGUCAGCGUACCCACCGGUUUCACAGCAACAGAAAACGGAACGACGACCUAGAUCUAGAGGCUUCAGUUUCCGAUCCGACAAAUCGCAAAAGCCCGAAUCAGCCAACGGCCACAGUCGCAAACUCUCGGGCGGAGCACUCCACGAGACACACGCAGAGAAGGAAGCAAAGAGACUAAACACUAAAGCCGACCCUACAUUGGCCAUGCAGGAAGCAGAGCCUUCCGCCGUUGCUCGCGCAGCUAUCAAUUGGGACGAGAAACCACCUCUUUCUUCAAUUCAGCACAAAGAUGCUUCUGGCGUCGUGAUCGCUGAACCCGACCGUUCGAACCCAACAAGAAGCAAGUGGGAACGACCUCUGGACACGAUCCGUAGUUUUGAGGCUGCGUUCGACGAUGGCUAUAGCAGCCGCCAAUCUGUGUACCGAGCAGACUCGGACUCACAGUCAACUUGGAACAGGAGGAGUAGCUACUAUGGCAACUCCAAUGGCCCACGUUUCCCUCAUGAGGGUUACUAUGGUGGCCGCUCCGGCUCGACUCAGCGCCCAGAUAGUGUCAACUAUGACCCCCGCAGUGGCGGGCCGAGAGACAGUUACUUUGAUAAUUUUGAUUCUGGAGUAGGCGGCGGCCCGUAUGGCGGGAAUGGUCCGAGAAACAGACACUCUCGCCAGCCGGCUGAGCCGUAUAUGAACAGCCACCCAGCUGUGAACAGAAAUGUCUACCCCAGUCCCGGAAACCACAGAUCCUACGAAACAGUAGCGUCCGGGUCCGGCAGCGCGAGUUACGGGGAACACUCGGGGUACCAGACUGAUCCUACUAGCAGUGAGAACAGCUCAAUCAAUCGGCGUUCGCCCCAAAAGAGACAACAAGAGCCUCAAAAUGACUAUGGCAUCAGCUUUGGGCAGACACCAGGUUAUCGACCCCCAGUCUUGGGCGAACCUGCAUCGCAGCCCAGGACUAUGCCUGACAACUCGCACGCUCCACCACCACCACCAAAGAACGGCGGUGGUACGCUUUUGAGGAAGAGCUCCAAAGCAGCAGUCUCAGCCGAGGCACAAAGGCCAGACAUGGGAGAUAAACGAAAGAGCUGGUUUACUCGACGCUUUAGCAAGAACGCCUAG